GUAACGCGCACCGAUGCCCUACUACCCUGCGGACUACGUGACCGUCCAAGCGGCGACCUCUACGACAUUCACCGCUCCUCCCCAAGACGGGUCGUUCAUCUUCCCCGACUGGAUCGAUUGGCACAUCGAGAGGAGUCAUGAUCACCCCUACGCAGUGCUGGUGGGAGAGAACGAGGGGGAGGAGAACGUCUCUAUGACCUGGGGCGAAGUUGCACGCGCGGUAUAUCGCUUGGCUGCCAAGUUCCGCCAGGUAGUGCCGGAUAAGCAGAUCGCUGGCAAACCGCCUGUUAUCGGUAUCCUGGUGAACACUGACACUCUGGCGUAUGUGACGAUCCUUAUGGCUAUCGUCCGCGCCGGGUUUACCGCUUUCCCCCUCAGCGUGCGGAACUCGAUCCCCGCUCUGGAGCAUCUGAUCAACAAGACCGACUGCCAAUACAUCGUCGGCUCCAUCCCUGCUAAAGGGUUCCAAUCGAGCGCUCUGCAGGAGACGACGUCGAUGCUUCUCCAGAAACUGCCCAGCCUGACAUUGAUAGACGCACCGCGGUACUCCACGCUCUACCCGCGGCUCGCCCAAUUACCCCCAGCACCCUACGACCCUUCUUCAGACAAGCGCAUCACGGCCUCCCUCCCCUCCGUGCGCUCUUUCGCAACCUACGCAAACUACACCCCCAACACGCCUCUCUGGAUCCUCCACUCCUCUGGCUCAACUUCCUUCCCCAAACCCAUCCCUAUCGCACACCGCGUCUGGCUCUCCUGGGGCCGUACAGUCUGGUACGGAGACGUCGACGUCUGCGGCUCGACGUGGGCGACGAUGACGCUUCCCAUAUUCCACGUAAUGGGGGUAGCGGUCACCGUCGGCUUCCCUAUCUGCUCGGGGAGUGUAGCGCUCAUGUUCAAGCCCUCAGACCCGCCGAAGCCCCCCACACCGGAUAGGGUACUCGCUACGGCCAAGAGGGCCAAGGCGGAUUAUAUGCUUACUGUGCCGAGUUUCUGUGUCGAGUGGGCGGAGGAUCUCGACGCGGUGAGGUUCCUCGCCACGAUGAAAGGCGUCCUGUACGGCGGCGGCCCCCUCCCGCAGGAGAAAGGUGACUAUCUCGUUGCCAGUGGAGUGAAUAUCGCCAUCGCCUACGGCUCGACAGAAGUCGGGAUCAUGUUCAAGCUUGUCGCUAAAGAGCCUUUGGCAGGCACAGAGUGGAGCUACUCCCCCUUCUCCUCCGAUGUGAGCAAUAUGAUGGUCUCCGAUGCUAAUGGGCUCUAUAAGCUUGUCGUUCGGGACACGGACAAGCACGGGAUAUGCGUGUCUACCGAGCCGGGGGCGUUUGACACGAACGACUUGCUAGAGCCGCAUCCUACUAAGCCGGGGUACUGGAAGAUCAUAGGACGCGCUGAUGACCAGAUUAUGAUGUCUAAUGGGGAAAAGACGAAUCCCGGGCCUAUUGAGAACAUCAUCAACAGCAACAUCUAUGUCCGCGCGGCGGUCAUGUUUGGCCGUGCGCGUACCCAGGUCGGGCUGAUCGUCGAGCCCGUCGAGACCGUCUCUAUCAAAACGGAGGAAGAUCUCGCCAACUUCCGCAACCUCAUCUGGCCCGACAUCGAGAAAGCGAACGCGUUCGCACCGCAGCACUCGCGCAUCUUUAAGGAGUUCAUCCUUGUGAGCGGUACGAAGAAGAAGCCUUUGAUCAGGACUGCGAAGGGCACUGUUUCCCGCAACGCCUGCUUGCAGCAGUACGAGCAGGAGAUCGAGGCGAUCUACGCUGCUGCCGAGCUCCCUACUAAGGCUGUAUGGGCCCAGCCACCUACGACAUGGGACGAGCCAGCACUGUACGAAUUCGUCAUCCGCGUCGUCAACGGCGUCAUGCGGUCGGACAAGAAGGACGUUCCUGCAGUGGACGAGAACCGCGACUUGUUCGAACAGGGAUGCGACAGUCUCCAAGCGACGUACAUCCGUGCGGCUAUCACGAAUGCUCUGCGGGAUGCGCCCAAGCCGGAGGGAAAGUCGGACAUCGCUGCUGUCUCCGUUCCCCAGAAUUUGGUCUUCGCUUUCCCGUCCAUUCGUCGCCUAGCGGCGUACAUGAUGAAGUCCGUCGGUGGGCUCGGAGCGGAGAAUGACGCUGCUGCCGAUACUGCUGCCGCGAUUGAAGCUAUGCUCGGGAUGAUCGACAAGCACACGCGGGACUUCCCGAUCCACAGGCCUGGCACGCGCUCCAUCGACGGCGAGGUCGUGCUCAUCACAGGCACUACUGGAACUCUGGGCACGUACCUCCUCCAAGAACU